UGAAGGAAUCAAGUAGGAGAAAUUGAAGUAAAAAUGUAUAGCUCUUACAUUUUUGUGAUUCUAUCUUUGUUCAUUCUUGUGUCUAUAGAAAAUACAGUGCUUGUACAUGGUGAUGAUCCUACUGAUGGUUUUACCUCUGUGCCAUUGACUGAAGCAAAUUUUGAGGUGCAGAAACCAUACAAUAUACCAAUUGAGAAAAGGUAUAGCUUCAUUGAUGGUGUUCAUCGAUUUUGGGUUUAUGCUCAUGACAAGCCUUAUUCUCCUGAUAGCCCUACUCAACCACGCACCGAAAUUCGGAUAAAGGGACUUGACUACCACUCUGGAGUUUGGCAAUUUGAAGGUUAUGCAUAUGUGCCAAAGAUAACAUCAGGUGCUACGAUAGCACAGAUCCAUGGUGCAGAACAUGGUAAAACCACUUUGCUACUAAGAAUAUACAAUGGAGAUAUGAGGUAUUACAGCACAGACUUGGUGGCUAAGAAUCUUUAUAAUAAAUGGUUCAGACUUAAUAUCAUUCAUGAUGUGGAUGGAGGAAUAGUGACUGUGUUCAUUGAUGGAGAAAAGAAGUUUCAAACAAAGGAUCAAGGGCCAGGUGAUUUGUACUUUAAGUGUGGGGUUUAUGCUGCACCUGUUGAUAUAAGUAAUUACAUGGAAUCAAGGUGGAGAGAUAUCAAAAUAUAUAAAAAAUGAUGACACUUUACUAUUUCUAAUAUAGUACUUUAUUUGUAUAUUAUACUUUUUUAUUUGAGAGGGAUUUGUAUAUACAUAUAUGUUUGUAAAAAUUUAAGAUGAUUAAUGAUAUGAUAUGAUAAUUAAA